CCUAAAUCGGCGCAGUAUUCUGAGGCCCAAAGUUCUAUCCUAGCGAAAACAGACAAGUAGUUGAAGAAUCACUCAAGCUUACUCCACAACCUGCUGACCAAGCACGAACUGCUCGGCUCGACUCCGCCUACCCCGCUACACUUCGGGAAGCAUGACGCAACGUUAGCUAAAUACACAGUGGGAUCAUUUAAGGAAACUAGGGGUAGGUCUGUGGGAUCACGUGAUCGUGCGACCAGCCGCCCGCGCACCCGAUGUGAGGAGCAAAUGCAAGGAAGCAGGGACACCGCCACAGAGCGCGAGAGAAUUCCAGCCACGAUUGUUGUCCAAAAGCCAGACAGCGACCGCACCUAGUCUUGGGGAUUCACGCCGUGAGCCAGGUAACUCGGUGCAAAAGGUACCUAGUACAGGAGCAUAGCCGUCGCUGGACUGGGCUCAGGUACGUUUUUUUUCAUCAGCGCGUUGCUGCCAACAUUCUUUCCCCCGUCGGCGCAAGAAAUUCAUCAUGUCGUACCCGGGUCCUCCAGGUGUCUCGAAGCCAUCGCAUCCAUCACUUCCGCCGCGUCCACCGGCCACCAAGCUCUCGGGAUUCAAGCCCGCCUUUUCGCCAGCACCCACGGCCCCGGCUUCCGCCGCCGCCGGCUACACAGCACCCACACCGUCCUAUCCAGGCUACGGGCCCACCGCGACACCCGCCGCCGGUUAUGGCGCACCGGCUGCGACCUCGCCCUACGUGGGCAACCCUACCGCUCCCGCCAUAGGCGCCGGCCGCGGAGCCUACAGCACAGCCGGAGCCUACGGCUACGCGUCCGCACCGAACUACCCACAGCAGCCUCCAUACUAUGGCGCCCCAGCGACGGCCAGCUACUCGACGCCCCCCCAGAUUCGGAACCCCUUCCCGGCACCGGGCGGCGCGGCCGCCGACACGGACCCGGAGAUGGCAGCACAAAUAGCCCAGUGGCAGAGCGCGUACAUGCCCAAGGAUCCCAACGACCCCGCCAACAAAGCAGGCGCCGCCGCCGGCAGCCGGACGGGCACGAACACGCCCGGGGGCGCGCAGGCCGGCACGGCAGAGGCGGCCGACGGCAGCGCGAACGCGAACGCGGACGCCGACCAGAAGAAAAAGACGGUCUACCGCGAGGGCGGCGGCAAGAAAUGGCAGGACGACACGCUGCUCGAGUGGGACCCGACGCACCUGCGCCUCUUUGUCGGCAACCUCGCGGGCGAGACGACGGACGACUCCCUUCUCAAGGCCUUCUCGCGCUGGAAGAGCGUGCAAAAGGCCAAGGUGAUCCGCGACAAGCGCACCAACAAGAGUAAGGGCUUCGGGUUCGUCAGCUUCAGCGACCCGGAGGACUUCUUCCAGGCAGCCAAGGAGAUGAACGGCAAGUACAUCCAGAGCCAUCCCGUAGUGGUACGCAAGGCCAAGACGGAGAUCAAGCCGGUGGUGGUCAAGGAGGAACGCAAGGGAAAGAACAACAACAACAAGAAGAGCGGGGGGAACAAGAGUGGGAGCGGAAUGGGAGCCGGAAACGACGGCACGGGGGCGUACGAGCCGCACCUCGGGCCGAUGGCAGGCAGCGGCAUCACCAAGCCCGGGCAAAAGACCAAGGGCGGGUUGAAGUUGCUGGGUUAACAGUCUCGAAAGUCGGUAAUGACAAACCUCGGAUGAAGAGAAUAAUCGAUCCUGAUGAUUUUGCGAGGGUCUUAUUUUUGAGGGAAAUGGGGGAGGUGGUUCUUCUGAAAAAAAUAGUUAAGACGCCACAAAUGCCUCGUUACUGUUGGGGGACGUAGAGCACGGAAUACUGCCUUGAUUUCCGGGUAGCAAGACAUCGCGAGGGCGUUGAAUCGAGAUACAGGGCGGGGUUAUUUCUUCUCUGUAACAUACACAAUUUUAGAUAA